UUCUGUGUCUCGUACUUUCGUUCUCCCGACUGUGGGCCCUUGUUAACAUCUGUUGCGUGGUCACCAGCUGUUUGAGAUAACGCUAAGAAAAUGGGAAGAAUCUUUGCUUGCUCUUUACUCUUACUAUGUGUCACGGUUGUAUAUAUGUCAGCGAAUGCAUCGGCGGCAACACAGUUCCCGUUGUUGAUGCCUCACGUUCGACCCACGCAGAAUGAAACCUACCUAUGUACAGCAUUCCAUAUAACGCCAAGCAAGCAUAAGUAUGUGGUGGCAUUCAAACCUAACGCAACAAUGCACGUGGCCCACCACAUCCUAAUUUACGGAUGUCUGGAACCGGGCUACCGUGAGCAGGAUUCUCCGAGGGCAGUGUGGGAUUGUGGAGAGAUGAGCAACUCCAACUCGGAGUUCUUCAAAGGGCCGACUUGUGCUCGAGGGCCUCAGAUCAUUUACGCAUGGGCUCGGGAUGCUCCGGCCCUUUCACUGCCUGAAGGUGUGGGCUUCAAGAUUGGUGGUGAUAGCGGCAUCAAGUAUUUGGUGCUUCAAGUUCACUAUGCUGACACUACUGCUUUUCUUGAUCCACACAAGACAGACAUGUCUGGCAUUGUCCUCUCUGUGUUGCCUGGAAAUACACAGCUUGUGAAACGACGAGCUGGUAUUUACCUUCUGGGAACAGGAGGCAUGAUUCGUUCACACAAAAUGGAACACUUUGAAGCUGCCUGCCUCAUCGACGAGAACUUGACCCUCUAUCCAUUUGCGUUCAGGACCCACACGCACAAACUCGGCAAGGCCGUUAGUGGCUAUGUUGUUAGGAAUGGCCAGUGGAUUAACAUUGGCAAGCACGACCCAUUGCAGCCGCAGAUGUUCUACCCUGCUAACAAAGGCAUCAAGGUCACCAAGGGUGACAUCCUGGCUGCCCGUUGCACAAUGUACAACUUUAGGAACAGAGCCACUUAUGUUGGCUCCACAGGCAAUGACGAAAUGUGCAACUUCUACAUGAUGUACUAUGUGGAUGGAGACAAGAUCCUCGACAGAAAGGACUGCUUCUCGUAUGGGCCGCCUGUCUACUAUUGGGGCCGUGACCCACUUCUUGCCAAUGCACUUACUCCCGAGGUUGACAAAGAUGCGAGCACUCUCAAGUAACCGUCUCACAACCUGGCAUGAGCCAAUGGGAUUUCUGUGUGACCAGUCUCCUCGACUCCAUUUUUCCCUCAUGACCUGCCGACUUUCCGAACAUCAUUUCUUACCUCCCACUUUGGCUCCAGCACCACUUAUGCUGGCAGCACUAAGAAAUGGCUGGUUCAAAGGGUCUCAACUAUGAGAACAAAUCUGCGCAGUAGUGCCACCACUGGCACUGGCAGCUUAUCAACUCAAUGUUUAACUUUCAAUGCUCGAGAUGGAAGAUCAGUGCACUUGUGCUAAAAAGUGUUCUUUUUCUUUUUUUUAAGUUGUUGUUACAGCAUUAACUCUCUUAUAUGCAAACGAGCCUACACUUGAGUUUGUUCCUCAAAUACAUCAAGUAGGGCAGUAGAGUGUGCCCUUGGCUGGUGCAGCCACUAUGCCUCACAAGCACUCUUCAAGAAUUCCUGAACGAUGAUUUCAUAAUUGGGCAGGUUCAUGUCUAAAUGAUGGAAAUGAGAUUGAGGGACAUUUCUCGAUUAACUCUGUCGCAGUUACUUGUGAGAAAAGUUAUUAAAGCUUGGUAACUGCUCUGGCCAUAGGACCGCACUGCUGUUCUCUUUACAGAGUUGAGAAGCAGACUCCAGUACAGGCUUGUUACGAAUAUAAGGGCAAGGUUAUCAAGUGUCUUCAACCAAGAAAAUCUGUUUAUUCAAGUCACCCUUCGUUAUUUAUCUUGCUCUGAACACUGUGCUCAUGUUCAGUGUGGAACAUCACUUGUUACUUUUGGGUAGGAGCACUUGUACAUCAAGAAAGGCGUGAGCACAGCUAAGCAACUGUUGCAAAUCUUGGUAUUGGUACAUGUAUUGAUUUGUUUUUUCACCCAGCUUGUGAUGCCAUGCAACAUACUUCUUUUGGGAGAACUGCUAUCAUCUUAGUUGUGCAAGAACUUGUUCCUACUGCAAAUGAAGAUCAGGCUGCAUAAUUCAAAUGCAAACCUGCAGUGUAUGGCAGCCACUGGAAUGCAACUGCAGUACCAGUUUCGCCAAAAUAAAAAUGUUGAGCUACAAUUUUUGGCAGCCAAAACUCCAGUUGAGUGCGACAUGGUGCGAAGCAUUGUUGUUUCAUGAGAAAAGUUCCCAUGAAUAGCGUUAAUUUUCUGAAGGAAAAUGGCUAACACAGUAGUAACACGUGUGCGAACUAGUGGUAUGUGCAGUGCGAAUGUUACAGUGGUUGUUGAAGGUGAAAUGUUUUAUUCCAUUAUGGUAACUUUGUUUGCUCCGUUUGCGUGGCGUAGUGUUCAGAUUCAGAGAUUUCGUUCCAGUGGGGCAGUGCAAGCCUCGGGUGUCCGAGCUGCAUAAUGAUGAUGAGCGGCAUUGGCACGCUUACACUUAUCUUCCUCGAGCUCUGCUGUGGUGAGAAGAAGCUUCUUGGGGCGAGGCACUCGUGGUGCAGCGCAUUAAGUGUUGGGCUGCUGUGCUUGAAAACCCCACCUGACACUGGUGAGGAAGUCGUCUAACAUGGGUUAAAUUCUAGCCAGCACCAGAGAGACCUUAAAAGAUUUUUUAUUCAUAGAAGAGCGCCGUGAAAGAAGACAAAAACAAUCAGACAGAUGGCAGGAAACACUGUGCUGCACUCGACAAGAACGCUGCGCAUUAAAAGGACAGACAGGAAAUGGAAAAGGGUGAAUCAGCGGAGUAGGAUGGCAGAAUGAGUGACUUGGUAUUCCAUUCUUGUCGCAGAGGUGUAUAGCAAAAAGCAAGAAACAGGAUGGUGAAGGGCUUUGUGUUUUGUAAGAUGAAGGCAUUGUCUUUUGUUGUCUUGUUCCCUGCUUCUAUUCUACAUAGUGAAUAAGCUGAUUGUGCUGGCAGCGUAGAUGAAAAACCCAUCAAGAUGAACAGGACGAAAAUGGAUCAGAAGAGAUGCACACACAAUUACUACUCACUGUCUGAUGUGCAAUUGCUGUAUGGCUGAUUUCUAAAGGCAGUGUAGUCCCCAAGUUACACGACUGAGCCUGAAUUAUUUUGUUAUAGAGGCAUGCAAGUUUGAAAACAAAGAGCAUUGAGUGAGACCUCAACUUGUUUACAUUGAAUUUAUGUUGAUGGCACAUGCCAAAAAAAGAAAAAGGUUAGGUUGUAGUGCAAUAGGAUUUGUGCACACUAAAUACUGCUGAGUUACUAGUUUUGACACUGAUUACUCCUAAUGCAUGACCAUAUAAGCAUGACUAUAUAAGGAAUAGUGUGAAGCCUUAUUUUGUGCAUUUUGGCAAGUUCUCUCCUGUCAUGAUUCUGAUGGCUUGAAAUAGGUAUCCUAAGCAGUAUAGAAGUUUAUUGAAAGCAGUAUAGAGAAAGGAAUAUUAUAAGGAAUGGCUAUGGUGCUUUAUUUCGAUUCCUUGUUUAACUUUCAUCAAGACAUGAGUUUCAUUGCAAACUUUACUUGAAAAUAAAGCAUAGCCCCUACUGUAUUAUGGCAUGGUACUGCACUUAUGGCUAGCUACACAAUCUUGAUUUACACCGGUGAUUUAGUUCUGUAGUAAGAAGUAGUAAGAAGGUUCUAGGCUUGAUUCCUAGCCAUGGAAGCAGCAUUGUGAUGAAACAGAAUGCACAAAGAAUGUGUGCCAAAAUUUUAGUGAGCAUUAAAGAAACUUAUGUGGCCAGAAUUGAUGCAAAGCUCUCUGUGAUGGCACUCCUCUUAGUCCAGAUGCAGCUCUGGGUUGUGAAACCCUUGCGAAUGAGUUUUAAAAUCGAGUAACUUGUUUGUGUUCAUGUUGCAGUCUACUAGCAUAUUGGUUACAUUAGCACAGGCAAUAAAGCAGCAGCGCUACAAUAUUAACUGUUUUGGAUAAGACUAUUAGACCACGAAAUUUAAGGAGUCUGUACAAGCACUUUGCAGCAAUGUAGCUGUUAUGAGACAAUGCAAGAUGCUAUUGGACUGAGGUAAAACUCAUGUGGGCAAAAGUAGAGUACAGCGUGUAUUUGUGCUCUUAUGCUCGCUAGUAUCAGUUCUGAAAAGCAACUCCAUUCUGGAAUGCUGAGUUUUAGAGCUCCAGCAUGCCUCUUGGCUGGUGGUGGAACCACCGUAUUACGCUUACAAGUAAUUGCAUGCAAGAGACAUUGCAGUCCAUUUCUCCUCUUCCUAGGAAUUUCUUCCAUCUUCUUUCCCUUCAUUCACCCAUGCUUCUGUACCAGCUAUGAAAUACCUCCCAUCUAUGUUUUUUGUAAGGUACAUGCUGAAGGCUUAUUUUUCAGCGGGUUCUCCCAUGUAUUUUCUUUUCUUGAAAAAAAGAGAGAGGUUAAGGGACUGCUAAGCUUUUUUGGAACAAGAUUUUACAAGCUUCAUCGAAAUCUUAAUUUUGUGGGUUGUCACUGUGCACCGUUGCUAUUGCACUGUAUGCACGAUUACAGCACAGUAAACUGACUCGAAGCAAGAUCUGUACGCAUACCAAUUAUUUUAAAUUUCCUAACAUAACAACCCUUCAUGUUUAGCCUUCAUUGCUACAAGGCUUACCCACUUAACAGGCGUGUAUAGUAUCAUGCUCUGUGGACAGACUAAAUGCAGCCAUCAAGGCUUAUCCUGCUAAAUUUUAUUUGUUUCAUGUCUAAGAGUCUGUACUUACCGGCCAUAAAAAAUGAAAAACAGUUUGGUAAGCCCAAAGUUUGGCAUACCUUUCUAGCGAGUUGUAUUGUUGCCACAUGUCUGAAUGAGAAAAGUACACCUGAACAACUAUUACACUGACAGUCAUAGAAUGUUACUACGUGGCCAUGGGAAAUGUAAAGAUCUUGGUACAUCAUUGGUGGUAUGUGUGUUGGUUUCAAUAAACAUGUAGUGUCUCCCUUUCCCUCCUCGCACGAAACAAACACACAUAAAUCAAGAUGCUUGCAAUUGCUACAGCUGAGAUCUUUGUUGGUGCCCAGUUGGAACACAUAUUAUUCUUGUCGAUAUUAUAUGCAAUUGCUGUCAACUUUCUUGGUUGCAUGCUGUUUUGUGGUUAUGUGCUAGUCAUUGCAUACAUUCUAAGGUACUUAACUGACAUUGAAGUACAGUCUUCGUUAAAUGUAAAUGGGCUACAUUGCUUGUGAACUACCAUGCUGACUGCUGGCGGUUUAAAUGUGUUCCUGCACUAUGCCAAAAGUUCCAGUACCCCAAGGAAUGAAAAGAACUCUCCUACUCACCAUCAAGAGGUCCAGAGAGUUGGGAGUGCCACGGGUACUGCAGCACACAUCCAAAUCGCAUAUAGUAUGGUGAACACGAGCAGCCCAUAUACUUGUGACAAAGGCUGCACAUACGAGCACUUGCGUUGCAUAACUGCUGCUGGACCUUUGUUUUCAUCUGAUGGCACCAAGGCUAUGUAGUCUGUCGUGAUGCUGAAUGGCAAUGCUGACAACUUGUUUUACAUUGUUUUGCAUGGUACUAGUAAUUUUUAUAUUUAAUGAGUAUUUAAGAUUUUACAUUUUGAAAAGUGUCUAGAUGGAGAGGGGACCAAUGAAGAUGUUUACUAUUGUACACUGCAGAUGUACUAGCUACAGCCAGUGUUACAGGUAUUCUACAAACUAAGCAGUGACAUUCAGCUGUCAAGCUGUGAUCAGACUUUUUAAGUCCAGCAGCAGCACAGAUGCUCUGUAGCAAAGCCUUUUGCAUGGUUGAACAAAAGAUUUGUGUAAUUAUGUGAGGCUUUGAUUCAUACAUGUAAUAGUUGUUCAGAUUGUGACCUAAAACAAGACGGACAAGCCUGUACUGGUUCACCAAGCUCUUUGAUGCUGGUAGUAAUGCUCUUACCAUUUUGUCCCUGUGAUCUUAACAAUUCAAUGUGCGGCAUUGUGCGAAUCUAGGAACACUCAUUGUCUGUUAUCUCUAGUACAUACAUUCCAAGAAGCCUUGUGAUUCAAGUGUUCAUGUUACAAAGUGUUAUUUCUUCCUGGUCAUUGACAACCUUGAUGUGUAAAAAUACUGCACAACUGACAGCUCUUGCUCUUAUUGUUUAAAUGCCGUAACUAAGAACUGACCUGUGCAUGUUGUACAUAUGUGUGACUCGUGCCCGUUUCCCUGUAUUGUUAAAUUAAUGUCAAGAGUAUAAGCAGUAAUAAAUCUUAUUCGUUGCACUAUCA